AAACACUGCAGGAGGAAACUCCAGUUUUUCGUUUGGUUUUGCUCGCUGAAGAGAAGCUUUAUGAUGGGUGACAGAGCAGAGCCUCUGAUGACUGUGCAUCUUCUGGCCAGCUCAGGAUACUCGGCGUUUCUGCAGCAAGCUCUGGAUCGGCUCAUGGACUGGAUCUGCCCAGAUGUUCGCCUUUUCUUUGUGUCCGAGCAAGAUGCUCCACUGAAAUACUACGAGAGGUACCGUAGGAGGAACUGCGGCUUUCCUGGGAUAUCUGUCCUCCUUUUUCUGCAUGAGGACCUGGGAGAAGAGCGGAUUCUCCAGGUCCAGGAUCUCCUCCAGCGCCCGCCCUGGCACUACCAGUGUGUCCCGACCACCUGGGCACGAAGUCCUCCCCACACAUCAGCUCCCCAGGACUUCUAUGGCCUGGACGACCAGAUGCCAGUGUGGGGCAUCCGGCGGGUGGGCUGUGGCCCUGAAAUCCUGCGUGUGACCCUCUACUGCAGCUUUGAUAACUACGAUGAUGCAGUAGGGCUGUAUGAGAUGAUCCUACGGAAAGAAGCAACCAUGCGGAAAAGCAAUUUCUGUGUCUUUGUGCUGUAUGCCACUAAAACUAUUGCUGUCCAGCUCUGCCUGAAGCAGCUGCCCAUUGGGAUGGCUGCUGAGCCCAAGGAGUCGUCGCUUUUGCAGUUCAAGGUGCAAGAAAUGGGGCAGCUGGUGCCUCUCCUGCCCAAUCCAUGCAUUCCUAUCAGCAGCACCAGGUGGCAAACACAAGACUAUGAUGGAAAUAAAAUUCUGCUUCAGGUGCAGGACAGCUCCAAGCACAGGGAAACAAACACUGAGCUUCCCAACCGGCACAGCGCCGUUGGUGUGGAAGGACUGCUGCACAGCCCUAUCGCAGCCCCUCUCCCCGUUGCUCUGCGCAGCGCUGAGCAGGGAGGCCAGCAGUCCUGGGCCUCGAGGGGCAGAGCGACAUCCGUGCCAGGUCAGGCCCUCCCUGUGAAGCGAGCCACCGUGGGCCUCUUCGGCUCUUCUUGGGGUGCUGCGGUGCCCUCCCGCCACGUGCUCACGAGCAGCAGGCAGCAGGAGGGCUGGCCGUGCCGGCCGGCAGCAGAAACCAACGUGGACACGGGGCUGGCUGUGGGCAGACCUGCAGGCUGUCGCUGCUCGCUGCGGCACGGCCUUCUGCAGCCAUGGGCGCUGGGCACGGCCUGCACCGCCCCGCACUGCGCGCGGCCGCCAUCUUCUGCGGCCAACGGGAGGAAAGGAGCGGGGCAAACACGGAGAGACGGCCCUGGAACCAGGCCUGAGGAGGAAGAGGAGGAGUUCUUCAUAUGACUGGAAACAAGUGCGAGGCAGGCUCCUUAUUUCUGAGUGGAAUCGACGUGAUUUUGUCUGGAAGCGCAGUGGCUGGGCUGUGUUAGGCUGUGUGCAGGGCGAUGGAAACCUCGGCAGGGUCUGAAACAACAGAAGAUGAGAGGCUGUGGGCUCAGAGGAACUGCUGAAGAGCAAGCAGGGCAGGAGAAAUGAAGCCAUGCAGGAGCAAGGAUGAGGAAACGAUAUGUGCUGCUGCUGGUGGGGUGCAGGCAGUGAGCGAUCGCUUUCUGCUUAUUUCACUGGACAAGAAACACACAAACUUAAACCCA